AUGACCAUGAUCGAAGCUCUGAUAUUGAAGAUGAAGACGAAGAGGGGUGCUAAAGUCGUUGAUGCCCUCGUCAGCGUCUUGUGUUGGUGUGUGAUUCUGUGUGUGAAACUGGGAGUCUCACACAGCAACACAACACGGGUGAAAGUGGGAGUUGUGGUUGAUGUGUCCCUACCAGCUGGCAACAUAGGAUUGAGCUGCAUUAACAUUUCCCUCUCCGACUUUUAUGCCUCUCAUUCUCAUUACAAAACCAGGCUGCUCUUCCACCUCCGAGACUCCGGCUCAGACAUCGUUACUGCAGCAUCUCAAGCUGCAGAUCUAAUCAAAACAGAGGAAGUGCAAGCCAUAAUAGGACCAUUAACAUCAGCGGAGGCCAAUUUUGUGAUCAGUCUUGGAGAUAGAGCUCAUGUGCCCAUCGUAACAUUUUCAGCUACAAGUGCUUCUCUUGCUUCACUUCGAAGUCCAUAUUUCUUUCGAAUCGCACAAGUUGAUUCAGCUCAAGCAAAAGCCAUUGUCGCAAUUGUUGAAGCUUUUGAGUGGAAACAAGUGGUGCCCAUUUACAUAGACGACAACGAUUAUGGGAUGGGGCUCAUUCCCUUCUUAACUGAUGCUCUGCAGCAAGCGUAUGUUCGAAUUCCAUAUCUCUGUCGCAUUUCCCCUUUGGCCACUAUUGACGCCAUUAGAGGAGAGCUGUACAAACUGAUGACUAUGCAAACCAGAGUGUUCAUUGUCCAUGUAUCUCCUGAUCUCGGCUCUACUCUCUUCCCCAUAGCUCAACAGAUUGGAAUGAUGACCGAGGGCUACGUUUGGAUCGUAACAGAUGGAUUGGCUAAUGUGUUUAGCUCUCUGAAUUCCUCUGUGAUGGAUUCAAUGCGGGGUGUAUUAGGUGUGAGAACCUAUAUUCCUGAAACAAAAGAGCUAGACAAUUUCAAAGUUCGAUGGAGAAGAAAAUUCCUACAAGACAAUCCAACAGAGGUUGAUACUCAUCUGAAUGUUUUUGGAUUAUGGGCUUAUGAUGCAACAACUGCAUUAGCCAUGGCUGUCGAGAAGGCUGGAAUCACCAAGCAAGGGUUUCUCAAAAGUAAUAUUCAAAAUCUUGGAGUUUCAACGAAUGGUGAAAUGCUACGUGAAGCUUUAUCCAAAAUAAAAUUCCAAGGCCUCAGUGGAGAGUUUACUAUCGUGGAUGGGCAAUUAAAGGCAUCGGUGUUUGAGAUAAUAAAUGUGAUUGGUAGUGGAGAGAGGAGAAUAGGAUUUUGGACAUCAUGGAAUGGACUGGUUGGAAGCCUGGAUUCAUCUUCAUACAAACUAGCAUCCAUUGUAUGGCCAGGGGAUCAAAACUUUGUUCCAAAAGGUUGGGCCAUUCCAACACAUGGCAAGAAGAUGAGGAUAGGAGUUCCAGUGAGAAACGAAUAUACUGAAUUCGUCAAAGUAACUCGUGACCCAGUCACCAAUAGAACCAAGGUCACUGGUUUUUGCAUAGAUAUGUUUAAGGCUGUGUUAGAAGAGCUGCCUUAUGCUUUGCCAUAUAAGUUUAUCCCUUUUGCUAAACCCAAUGGUGAGAAAGCAGGAACAUAUAAUGACCUGAUCAACCAAGUCUAUUUGAGGAACUUGGAUGCUGUGGUAGGGGAUAUCACAAUCACAGCAAACAGGUCUAAAUACGUGGAUUUCACGUUUCCCUACACUGAAUCUGGUGUAACAAUGGUCGUUCCCACGAAAGACAACAGGAAGAAGAAUGCAUGGGCCUUCUUAAAGCCAUUAACUUGGGAUCUUUGGGUGACAACUGCUUGCUCUUUUGUAUUCAUUGGGUUUGUAGUGUGGGUGUUUGAACACCGAAUAAACGAACAUUUUCGGGGGACUCCAUCGCAUCAGAUUGGCACCUGCUUAUGGUUUUCUUUCUCAACCAUAGUUUUUGCACAGAGAGAGAGAGUGAUGAGCAAUUGGAGUAGAUUUGUGGUGAUCAUAUGGUUCUUCGUGGUUCUAGUUCUGGUUCAAAGCUACACUGCUAGUUUAACAGCACUUUUGACAGUUGAGCAGCUUAGCCCAACUAUAAGAGAAGUAGAUUUACUCAUAAAGAACAGAAUGAAUGUUGGUUAUAAGAGAGGUUCAUUUAUACAUGAAAUCUUGAAGGAAAUGGGUUUCCUUGAUUCUCAGCUGAAGGCGUAUAACUCAACAAAGGAAUGCGUCGAACUAUUCGAGAGAGGAAGUGCAAAUGGAGGCAUUGCUGCUGCAUUUGAUGAAGUGCCAUAUGUGAAACUCUUUCUUCAAAGUUACUGCUCUAGGUAUACCACGAUGGAGCCAACUAUUAAAACCGGUGGCUUUAGCUUUGUGUUCUCUAAAGGAUCUCCUCUUGUAGCUGAAAUUUCAAGAGCAAUAUUGAACGUUACUCAAGGGGAUAAAAUGAAAGCCAUAGAGAAUGCAUGGUUCAAGGAAAAAAACUGCUUCGAUUCUGAUACAUCAGUUUCAUCCAACAGUUUAGGACUUGAAAGCUUCUGGGGGCUAUUUCUUAUUGUAGGGGUUGCUUCUAGUCUAGCUCUCAUUUUCUUUGUCAUUAACUUCCUAUAUCAACAUGAACAUAUUUGGUUGCAUCAUGAUCCCGGGACAUCCAGGUGGAAACGAAUUGAGGGCUUGAUAAGGAUCUACUACCAGAAAGAUCAAAGCUAUUACACAUCCAAAAAGAGGGAAAUGCAAAAUAAGAGUGGAACUUGUUGCAUGCAUGAUAUAGUUGAAGUUGAGGCAUCUCCAACUACAGAAUGCACCCCAAGUCCAAGUAGCCUUUCACCUCAAGAACCACAAGGCUGAUAUAUUAUUGGUAAAGCGAGUUCGAUAUCUUUCUGUGAAUGUCAUUGAGUUGUUGGGCA